AUGCCUCUGGCUCCCGCACCGCGCCCGCACCCGCACCCGCACGCGGGCAUCGGGCUGGCUCUGCCCCUGCGCCCGCGCCACGGGCUCCAACCCGACCCCUCGGCCCGCGCCGUCGGGAGCGCUCCCCGGCUGCCGAGCCAGGAGGCGGGCCCGCAGCGGCCGGGGCCUCCAGGUGGAGGAGGUGCGGGCCGGGCCGCGCCCACGACCCCCGCCCGCCCGGGCCCGACACCAGCCACUCACCGGCACGCCCGCGGCGAAGCCACCGCCGCCGACAAAGCCCGCACCGCCGCCCGCACGCCGCGGCCGGAAGUCGGCCGAGGCCCCGCCCCGAGCGCUUCCGGGGCCACUCUAGGCGCCCGGCGCCGGUGGCCUCUCGGUGGUGCAGACUUCCGCCCGCGAGGCCCGCCCCUCGCGGCUGCGGCUGCGGCUGCGGUGCGGCCGGCCGGCCCCCCGAGGCCACGCUGUCGCCCUGGCGCUGGGGCGGGUCCUGGGGUGCAGGAGGGGCGCUCCUGCGUCCCGCCUGCAGGGGGCGCUCAGGGCCCUCCAGAGGCCCUGGAGCCCUGGUCGCGGACGGAGAUCUUUGGGAGGAGCCUGCGGAGCGCGGGGAGCCGUCUGCAGCAGCGCUCGUGGGGCACGUGCACCUGUCGUCUCCUCGUGCAGCUGGCCGUGUCCAGUCCCCCGCGUGAACUCGAACCAUGCGGUCCCGUGCGUCUGCGCUGCUCUCUGCCCCCGCGGGAGCGAGCGCUGCUUGGUUUCGCAGUGUCCUGCCGCGGAUGGUGCAGGAGAGCCGGUCAGGAUGCGGCCGGCCUCCCAGGUCCCGGCGGCGAUGCCCAGAGACGGGAUCAAACGUGCACGUUGUGGUUUAGCACGACUUUGCGGUGA